AUGAGCCGACGCGCAAAGGGCAGGUUCAUCAUAGACCUCGAUGACGAUGUCCAGUUUAUCAUGAAGCAGGCCAAGCAGACCUCUAGGGGUGUUCGCUAUAUCGAUCAUCCUCUAGAUAUGUCGCCCACUCCAAGGCCUGCAAAGGCCACGCUAUCAAGGCAAAAUGACGAGAAAAAGCCAAAAAAGCCAAAACACUUCCUAGAGAACAAGGACGAUGCUCUUGAGUUGGCGCGGUCUGUAGUGGCAGUACAGGAAGAUAAGUCUCACGAGAAAGUGGAAAAGCAACAUCGCCACGUCGAGGCAAAGGCGUCGACAAAGUCUGAAAGGAAGUCGGCUAACGAGGGCAGCUCGAAGGCGAGACUGAAGCAAGUGAAGGCUGCUCUUACUGCGGAGGCAAUCCAUGCCAAGAGGGAGAAGGCCAAGCUGCGCAGGAAUACGAGGGUGGACGGGUUGCACAGUGCAAAAGAUGGUGCCAGCAAGCCACAUGUAAGGUCUGCGGACGAUGCAGCUUCACGUCCUACAGCGCGGAAACGAGUAUCGUUUGCAUAG